GCCAUGCUAAUCUUCUCUGUGGUCUCGUUGAUCGAAUGCGAAAAGGCACCGGGCGUCUGUUAAGACGGUUAUAUAUCCAUCUAGACAGAGAGCUACGUCAUUCACCUUUGCGCGGUCAGCCUGACCUCACCAGAUCACAAUCACCACUACCAUCACUAUAUACUACUGUACACAGCUUCAGCUUGAGAUUCAUAAUAGGAUCAUUCAUGCAUAAAAAGAGCCUCCAGUGGCUGUAUUUCAAUCAUCUGCUCCGACCACCGUUUAUACUAACCAGAACCCUCGUACAACGACAUCAUUUCCCACUUUCUAAGUAUCGCCAGAUGAGCUUCAAACCCAAGACAGGCGUACCGCACCAAGUACGCACAGCAGCAGAGCCACGUCAGAAUAGGUUAUAUACAGUGCGAUUAACGCAUAUUGACGAGCUCAACCCGACUGUCCGCCUGCUCCAAUUAACAAUCCCGCCUAAUGUACAGAGUCUAGAGAACGACAUUCAAGGUGGCGAUGAGGACAAAACCCCCCAACCACUAACCUUCCUCCCUGGCCAAUGGUUAGACGUCCAUAUCCCAACCAUUCCCAGUGCCGGCGGCUUUAGCAUUACCUCCACACCAGCAGAUGCAAACGUCCUACCAAUUCCUGAGCAUCCGCCAAAAGAGCACUUUGAUUCCAUCGCGGAGCCUGGCCUCCCACCUGUCGACUCUGCAGGCAGACCGCCCUACGUCGAAUUGGCUGUGCAGAAGGCGCUGUCGAAUCCGGCCAGCGCAUGGCUUUGGAAACCCAAGGAUGAGAUACUGGGUACGGAACUGGGAAUUCGUGUAGGCGGUGGCUUCGUCUGGCCGCCGUCGGGGAUUGAUCUAAAUGGUAUCCAAAAUGUGAUUUUGAUUGCCGGGGGUGUAGGCAUCAACCCCCUUAUCUCCAUCCUCUCUCAUCUAAACAAUAACGAAUCCAACACCAUCCUCCCCAAUCCAACAAACAUCCAAGUCCUCUAUUCCACUCGCCUCCCCAACCCCACCCCAUCCUCGACCGAAACAACACUCGACCAAAUUCUCUUCCUCUCGCGUCUCCGCCAUAUCACCCAGUCGCAAUGCCAGUCGCAUCGUCUGCGCAUCGGGCUUGAUCUCUUCAUCACGGAUCUACCAAAAGAUUCGCCACUAAGGACUGCUCCGCCGGUCGAUAUUUCUAUUCACCCACGGAGGAUCAGUCGUGAGGAUCUUAGGGUAGUUGUUAAGGGAGCGGAUGGGAGUGUUAGGCCGGAAGAGACAGUGUGUUAUUUGUGUGGACCGCCGGGGAUGACGGAUGAGUUUAUUGGUAUGCUUCGAGGGCUGCUUGGAGAUGGGCAGGAGAGAAUUUUCUUCGAGAAGUGGUGGUGAUAACCGUUGUGAUAAUCAUAUAGUACUAUAACGGAUAUGAUAAUGAUAACUCAAUAAGAAUAACUUUUCAGGAUUGAGACCGAUUUCCAUGUAUCAACCAAAUAUUGCACAGCAGAAGUAAAAUGAUGGCCAUGAUAUAAAUCCGAAACCUCACGCCAACUAGACUUGAAGAGAAUAUCCUAACUGGCCCCAUCAGGCCCUUUCACUGUGCCGCCGUCAAUAAUCAUCAUUUCGUCGAUCCGGGACUCGAUUUCGCCCCAUUCCAGCCGCUUAUAUGUCACGACCCGUCCAGCGUUCAUGUCAAAGUCGAAGAAUCGCACUCGUCGAACAUAGUCAUUGUAUCCUCCGUAGCCACCAAGGCCUGAGCCACCACCAUAGCACAUCCAUGAGGAAGGCUUGCCGUUUUUAUCCUUGUUAAGCAUGCAAUAGUCAUUGGCAUGAUCG